CGCAAGAAGGGAAAACAGAGAGAGUACUGCAGCUUCAUCAGCAACACCGCUGGCGCCAGAGACCACUGCUGGAACCGGGGUCUUGACAGUGGGAAAUACUCAUUGUAUCAAUUCGACUUUUUUGCCCGCACAGUCGGCAGGGAGCACAUGGCGUCGCUCAUCGCUUCCAGGCCGCGGCCACGGCCGGCGCACACGCAGGGCACCACGCGCUGCGCAUACACGCCCGACGGCUCCAAACUGGUGACGGUCGGCUCCAACAACACCAUCCGCCUCUACAAGACGGGCUUUGACGGCGAGCCCACCAACAUCGACGACUGUCAGGAACAGAACCUAUGCGUAUCGACGAGCAACGACUUCUUCGUGGCCGGCGCCGAAGACGGCACAGUCAGCUACUACUCGCUCAAGACCAACAUCUUCGACAAAUUCCUCCUGCGCACCUCCCUGCCCGUGCGCGAUGUCGCCCUGUCGCCCGACAACAAGUGGUGUGCCGUGGCCAGCGACGAGCUGACCGUGAAGCUGGUCGGCAUCAACGACAACACCAAGCUGCUCACGCUGAAGGAGCACGGCAAGCCCACCAAGCACCUGUCGUUCGAACCCAAAGGCAGUCUCCUGACCUUGUCGUGCACGGACGGGGUCAUAUAUGUCUACUCCAUGACUGCGGAGCACCCGGAGCUCAUCCGGAAAGUGGACGGCGUCAUCGGCAGGAUGGAGACCGAGGCUGACGCAUCGUGCGCGGUGGCGUGGCACCCCGACGGGCGGGCAUUUGCCGUGCCGACGCCGACGAGGGAUAUUCAAGUUGUAUCCAAGAAUGACUGGGAGAAGCAGCGUGCCUUCAGGAACGGGCACGACGGGGACAUCACUGCUCUGGCUUGGUCUCCAAACGGUGCCCUGCUCGCAUCCGCCGGCAAGGACAAGAAGCUCCUGAUCUGGUCGAGUAAGGAUCAGAGCGUCGUUGCGAGAUACGAGUAUCCGAACGUCAUCGACAUCGCCUGGCAUCCGACUCAGAACCUAGCCUCCUUCACCACUUCAGAUGGCGAGGUCUUCAUCUGCCCGGAUUUCGUCUCGGAGCAGUUCGUCUCCAUGCUGAGGCUGCCCCGACAGCCUGCGCCGUUUAUCCAUGAUCCUCUCGAAGAAACAGCCGCCAACGGCCGGCGACAAGAGCCCGCCCGGACAGCUCUUCCGUCACGUCCACGGCCCGGUUCCCUCGACGACUUCGAUGACCUGCUGGACGACGAAUAUGGAAACGAUGACGAUGGCUUCGUGGUCGACGAUGAUGGAGCUGGCUACGUGAUGCCAGCUCAUGCUCCACGAAAACGUGCUGCCGAUGACGACGGUAUCUUUGGACAGCGUCCCAACAAGCGCGGGAACUUCGUGCAGCCCGAGAUCCAUGGACCCUUCCAGCCUGGCUCAACCCCUUGGCGGGGGAACCGCAAGUACCUCUGUCUGAACCUGAUCGGGUUCGUAUGGACGGUUGACCAGGACACCCACAACACGGUUACGGUGGAGUUCUAUGAUCAUGAAUUCCACCGGGACUUCCAUUUCACCGACACCUUCCUCUACGACAAGGCGUGUCUGAACGAGAAAGGUGCGCUCUUUGCAUGUCCGCCGAGGGAUGAUGCUCCCGCCUACGUCUUCUACCGUCCCCACGAGACCUGGACACAGCGGAACGACUGGCGCAUCCCCUUGCCCAAGGGUGAAGCUGUUUUGGCCAUGUCGCUCAGCGAUGCCUUCAUCACGGUAACCACGACCGGCAACUACGUGAGAAUAUACACUCUGUUUGGCAUUCCUUACAAAGUCUACCGGCCCAAGAGCACACCCAUCGUCACCUGCGCCAGCUGGAGGGACUAUGUCCUGACCAUGGGCAACGGGCCGGUUGGCGCUGAUGGCAUGUGCCGGCUGCUGUACACCAUUGAGAACAUCAAGCGGGACGAAAUCUGCCAAAACGAAGACACCGUGGCCCUGCCCGAAGGCGCCACCGUCAAGAGCGUCUUCUUCUCUGACAGUGGGGACCCCUGCAUCUACGACUCGACCGGCACCCUCCUCACCCUCGUGCACUGGAGAGAGCCAUCGCGCGCUUCCUGGAUCCCCCUGCUCGACACCAAACUCCUUCCCCGCCUCGCCUCAGGGCGCAAACACGAAACCUACUUCCCGGUCGCCGUCGCCGACAAUAAAUUCCACUGUAUCAUCCUCAAGGGCGGCGACCAGUACCCCUACUUCCCGCGCCCGCUCCUGUCCGAAUUCGACUUCUCGAUUCCGCUCACCUCCGCACCGCGCCCAAAGAAGAAGAAGAAGAAGCGGCCAAACGGCGGGGCGGUCGACUCAGACGAGGAGAUGCUUUCCGACGGCUUCCCAGACGAGUCCGACUCCGAGCCGGACGCGGAAUCCGACCCCGAAACCGCCGACGACGGUGUUCAAUCUUCCCCAGAAUCCCUGAAACUCACCCAGACCUACCUCCUCAAGAGCCUGCACUCGACGCAGCUCCGCGACCUGCUGUCGCACACGCGCUCGACUGCCUCGCAGCGCGCCCUGCUCGCGCGCCUCGAGCUGGACAUCGACAAGACGCUGCUGCAGCUGCUAGCCGUCGAGUGCCGCGAGGGCGGCGAGGAGCGGGGCAUGCGCGCGCUCGAGAUCGUGCAGCUCAUGCGCGACCGCAGCGGCAAGAUGCUCGAGGCUGCCGGCAAGGUGGCGGAGCGGUACGGAAGGGCGGUGCUGCGCGAGAAGAUCCGCGAGUUGGGUGAGAAGAGGGUUGGUGCGGCUUUGGAUGGGGAGGAUGAUGAUGAUGAUGAUGUUGAUGAGGGUGACCCAUUCUGAUUUCCCUGAUUUCCAGCCACAUCUCCAUCUGGCUCUACCUAUACUGAGGACUGGAGUGAUACUGUUGAUUAUGAGGGACUACGUACUACAGUAAGUAGGCAGUGAGCGGGCAUGUGGAGGGGUUGACCGGGAAUUGGGGUACUUGGGCUAUGUUUGGUUUCGGAGUACUUUGUGGCUUUAUGACGAU